GCUUCGCCGCUUCGCAGAAUGCCAGAAUCGCAGCCACAGCUUCGGUUCGAAACUUCGGGAGAAUCGGGACUCGGGAGUUUAGGCGAUAGGAGGCAGGCGACACCGUGAGCCCGCGACCAGCACCGUCCUCCUCCUCCUCCUCCUCUUCUCUGCCGCCGGCGCCGUCCUAUACUUCGUCGUGAUCGCCAACGCGACCGUGAUUGGCCCUCGUCCACAAAUCCACGACAAUCGACAGGGACAGGGUUCAGGCAGUCGAAGGAAGGGGGUUCACGAUUCUCUUAUAUUUCCCCAACAUCGUCAUCGACAACAUGGCUUCUCAACCUAUUGAUCUCGAUCAAGAGGAGGAUAGUGAGGAGGAGGAACCGGAGGGUGCACCAGCUGUAUCUAUGACUACGAGGGAUUUAAAUGUAGAUGAAGAAACUUCUUCGCAAGGCAAGGCCUCCGGAAGUGGCAAACGGAAGAGACUCUUGAAAUCAAAGUGGUGGCAAUAUUUUGAGAUACUUCCUAAACUAGAGGGAGAAGAUUUGCGUUGCAAAUGUAAAGCUUGUGGGAUUACAUACAAAGCAGAAAGUAGCAUGGGUACAGGUAAUCUCCGACGUCAUAUCCUUAAUCAAUGUCUGAAACAGAAAACUAGUGAUAUUGCUCAAGCAUUGUUAGAACAAGGUGAUAAAAGUCUUGCCAUUAGGUCACAAAGGUUUAACCAAGAAAGAUUUAGAGAGUUGCUAAUCUUAGCAAUUGUGAAGCAUGAUUUACCUUUUCAGUUUGUGGAAUAUGAGGCAAUUAGAUCUAUUUUUACGUAUUUGGAACCUCAAGUAAAUUAUUUCACUAGAAACACCGCAAGGACUGAUAUUCUCAAGAUGCAUAAAAAUGAAUGCAAUAGAAUAGCUCAAGAAAUGCAUUCAUGCCCUGGAAAAAUUUGUUUCACUUCUGAUUUGUGGACUUCUAUUGCCACUGAUGGUUAUAUAUGCUUGACAGCACAUUUCAUUGAUUCUAAUUGGGUUUUACAAAAAAGGAUAAUUAACUUCUCUUACAUGCCUCCACCUCACUCUGGUAUUGCAUUGUGUGAUAAAAUUAAUAGUUUAUUCAAUGUUUGGGGAAUUCAGAGAAAGGUUUUCACAAUUACAUUAGACAAUGCGGCUGCAAAUGAUGUGUUUGUUGGCCUUUUAAGGGAUCAACUUGGUUUAAAUUGUUCAUUAGUGAGUGGUGGCGAGUUUUUGCAUGUUCGUUGUUGUGCACACAUUCUCAAUUUAAUUGUGCAAGAAGGUUUGAAAAGAAUUGAUAGUUCUGUUGAUAAAAUUCGUGAAUAUGUAAAGUAUGUGAAAGGUAGUCAAGUGAGAAAGCAAAAGUAUAUAGAAUCGGUUACCCAAACUUCACUUGAUUCUAAGAAAUCACUAAGGCAAGAUGUUCCUACUAGAUGGAAUUCUACAUAUUUGAUGCUUUCUAGUGCCAUGUAUUAUCGGCGUGCUUUUAAUCAUUUGAGAUUGGCCAAUACUAAUUUCACACAUUGUCCAUCGGUUGAUGAGUGGGGACAAGUUGAAAAAAUAUUCAAAUUCCUUGAGGUUUUCUAUGAGACAACAACUUUGUUUUCUGGAGUGAAAUAUCCUACUGCCAACCUUUACUUUCCUCGCAUCUUUACGGUUCAGUUGACAAUAAGUCAAGCCUUGCAAAGCUCUGAUGAUUUCAUGAGAUCAAUGGCCAAUCGGAUGUUUCAUAAAUUUGAUAAGUACUGGAAGGAUUAUAACAUUUUGUUUGCCAUUGCCGUGAUAGUUGAUCCGAGGUUCAAGAUGCAAUUUGUUGAGUUUUGUUACAACAAGUUAUAUGGACAUGGUAGUAAUGAAUUAAGUCUUGUAAGAUCCAAAUUGGUUUCUUUGUUUGAGGAAUAUAUGCACAUGGGAAUUGCUUCCAAGGUAAGUACUAGCAGUGCAUCUUCGAGCUCUCAUAGUGCCAUUGAUGAUAAUGCUUCUCUUGCUCUAAAUUUAGGCAGCGGAUGCAUGGAUGUUUUGAAGGAAUUUGACACUUUUCAAAGUUUAGAAUUCAUUGGCAGAGCUCAAAAGAGUCAAUUAGAGCUAUAUUUGGAAGAACCAACAAUUGAUAGAAUAACAAAAUUGGAUAUUCUCGGGUUUUGGAAAGCUCACCAAUUUAGGUAUCCUGACCUUGCACAAAUGGCUAGAGAUAUCUUGAGUGUUCCAAUUUCUACAGUUGCUUCUGAAUCGGCUUUUAGCACCGGUGGUAGGAUACUUGACCAAUAUCGCAGUGCAAUGAAGCCUGAUGUUGUUGAGGCAUUAGUUUGUUGUAGAGAUUGGUUAGCUGGAGGGAAAGAAACUACUGAGGUGGGGUUGAAUGAUUUGACUGAAAAUAUUAUGAAUUUAUUCACAAAUGAGGAUACUGGAUCAAAACCUACUGCAACACAUGAUUGAUGAUUCUAAUGAAAAGUUUGACUCGGUACAAAGGAGGAGUAAAACAAUGGAAAAGUGGAGCUUGAAACUGAAAGUUAUUUUGUGAAGCUUGAAAACUUUUUUAUUUUGUAUUGAUAUCAUAAAUUUUCUUGUAUAGACUCUGGACUCUAUAGGAUCGUUUACUUGUAUAGAUAAUAUAGUUGUAUUAACCUUUAAUCCUUUUGGAUUGCCUUAAAAGUUAAUUUUUGGGUUUCAUGUGGAACCCCCUUUCAUGGGUGAUGGAAAUGGCUGCCAUCAUGGCCAUUGCCUUGGCCAUCGGCAGUGGAAAACCCCCAGACUGGCAAGACUUUGUCGGUAUUGUAGUGCUGCUCGUGAUAAACUCCACCAUCAGUUUCAUUGAAGAAAACAAUGCUGACAAUGUUGCUGCUGUGCUGCAGCUCUUAUGGCUGGCCUGGCUCCAAAAACGAAGGUGCUCAGAGAGUCAGAGUGGUAAGAUUGUAUUUGUUUUGCCCUUUUUUGAAAGAGUGUGUUUUGAAGGACCCUUAGAAUUUGUGAGACAUUGAGGUUGCCUUAUGAUUCAUGAUGUUGUAAUCGGUGGUUUCUUUUCCAUUUGCAAGUAGUCGAGCAUUGGUAUUUGGUAUUUAGGACGAGCUUAGAAAAUGGGUUCAAUGUUUUGGUUAUGCAA